AGUAGGACUUGAUUCGUUUUGUCAUCUGUCAGCGCUAAAAAAAUUAAUAAUAUAGAGUUUAAAGGAUUACUAUCAUCGAAAAAUUCAACUUUGUGAAACUUUACAUUUUGAUAAAAUCUUGUUUUAGUUCUUUUGUUCUAAAAAUGUCUGAAUAUGAGGCUGUAACCAAAUCGCGAUUGAAAUUAAAAACAGAUAGUGGAGUAAAAAAGAAAAAGAAAAAGGAAGAAAAGCAGGAAAUUUUGGAGAAAUUUGCCAAAAUUGAAAAAACAACCAAUGUUGAAAAUAUUGAGCAGAAGAAACAAAAUUGUGUUCCUUUAACAAAAGCAGAGCGAGCAUUUUUGAAAAUGAAAGAAAAGAAACAAAUGAAGCAAAUAUUAGAAAAAGCAAAGAAAACUCACAAACAAAGGGUUGAAGAAUUCAACAGACAUUUAGACUCGUUAACAGAACAUUAUGACAUACCGAAAGUCAGCUGGACAAAAUAAAAAGGAUAUUAAACAAAAGAAAACAUUUCAUGUAAUUUUAAUAAGUGAGGAACUAGCAUCUUGGGUUUAAAAGGCCAGAUUGUAUUUGUAUGAAUUUGUAUAUAAAAACAUCUUUGUUACAAUAAAGU